UUAUGAAAAAAAUUAUGUUGAUUAAAAAAGUUCUGAUUAUGAUAGAUUAAAUUUAGAUAAUGUAAAAUAUUUUUGGAAUAUUAGUAAAAUGACUUUUAUAAGAGAUCCGUGUGGAAUAGUUUGUUUACUUGUAACAUAUUCAGCUAUUUUUUACGCUGAUUAUGUUGUUUUCCAAAUAUGUACCCAAACAAUGAAUGGAAACUUAUGGGCUCCAAUAAAUGUUGUUGCGUUUAACACAAUCAUAUUUUUACUUGCGAUGGCCCAUUUAAAAGCUGUACUUUCGGAUCCCGGAACAGUUCCUUUACCCCAGAAUCGAUUGGAUUUCUCAGAUUUACAAGCAGCUACGCAGAAAAAUAGUGACCGCGGUGAGUGGACAGUAUGUACAAGAUGUGAAACGUAUCGACCUCCAAGAGCACAUCAUUGCCGCAUAUGUAAAAGGUGCAUUCGUCGAAUGGAUCAUCAUUGUCCCUGGAUAAAUAAUUGCGUAGGGGAAAGGAAUCAAAAAUUUUUCCUUCAAUUUUUGGUUUAUGUUGGAAUACUUUCAAUUUAUUCUAUGGUAUUGGUGGUAGUAAGUUGGGUAUAUCCAUGUCAAGACUGCCACCUCAAUUUAGCUGAUACGCAAGCAAGAAUGUUGCACAGUGUAAUACUUCUCCUAGAGUCGGCCCUUUUUGGUUUAUUUGUUCUUGCUAUUAUGGUGGACCAGAUACAUGCUAUUCUUUAUGAUGAAACAGCGGUUGAAGCGAUUCAACAAAAAGGUUCAUAUAGACCAAAUCGUCGAAAAAUGGCAUUACUAGCAGACGUUUUUGGUAGAGGACAUCCACUCUGUUGGCUAGCACCUUGUACAAAUUUUAAUACCAGAUUAAAAUACACUGAUACACCCUUACUGAGUCACGAUGUUUAAAUUUUAUAAAAAAAAAAGCAAACAAAUAUUAAGUAUAAAUGUAGUUUUAAGAAUUUGUAAUGGGGGAAUCUGUUAAGACUAUGUAUUGCAACAUGUACACAAAGAAUGGUGCAAUACCUAUAAUAGUGGAACUUUGUAUGUUUGGUAUAAGGGGUUGCAAUUAUCAAAAAUUUGAAGAUAAAUCACAAUAUUAUUUGUAUAUAAGUAUUAAGAGUCUAUUUAAAUUUUAGUUUUUAAAAAUAGAAUUUAAAUAAUUUUAAACGCAAAUGAAAAAUUCAAUUGCUUUUAUUUAAGAUAUAAAUUAUCUUUUAUUUUGAAAUAUGUAUGUAUUUUUAAACCAAAAAAUCAAUUACAUUUUAAGAUUGUAAUUAAGUAUAAAACUGAGAUUUUUUUAGUUUAAAACAAUAUUUUCCCAAAAUGUUAGUUUAAAAUUAUACUUUGUUAAGAUAUUUGAAAAAAGUAAAUGAUUUCGUAUCUAAGUACAUAUAAAUAAUAUAUAUACAUACUUCCAAAAUGAUAUUUCUUCAUAAGAUAUUUGCAAUUUUAUAUGUGCACUGAAUUGAAUUUAAAAAAAAAAUAUGGCCAUUUAGUUAGCCACAAUUUUGUGUUAUUAUGCUUUAAGAUUAAUUUAGGAUAUUAUUAAAAAUUUUGGAAAAAAAAACAAUGCUAAAACAUUUAAAAAAUAAAAAUGCACGCCCUUUAAGUUGUGAUUUAUCACGCCAUUAAGGAAUAAAAAAAAUUCGUUUUGUAUAUCUGAAGAUUUUAUAGUUUCACGUUAUUGAAUUUAUAUCCUUUUUUUCCAUGUAAUUUAUGUUCAUUUUAUGUUUUAUUACAUUUAUAAGUAAGGUUUUGAUAUUGAAGUUGGUAAAUUUUCAUAUUAUUGUAUUUAAAGUUUUAAAUUAGUUUUAUAAUUUAUUUCUUCGAACCAUGUUUUUAUUCCGAAGUCAUAGAAUUAAGAAAAAAAUAGUAUCCUUUAAAAAAUAACAAUUGUAUGAUAAGAUGUAGAAAGAUUUUACAGAAAGAUAUUUUCUUUUUAAUUUUAUUUUUUUCUUUUAUUUAUUCACUUCUGGUAACUACUAAUUACUGUUAUUUAUUAUCAAUAUAAAGUUAAAAUAGAGAGUAAUAAUGUAAAAAUGUGUAUAAAAUAAGUUCAAAAAUUAAAACAGGUAAAUUUUCCAUAUAUUUUUUGUGUUUCUUAAAUUAAUGUAAGCAGAGGAUAUGAAAGCAUUAUUCAUAAAUUUUACACAA